GCGACAAACCCGCCCCUCAUAUCUGACGACGCUGCCGUCGACUCACCGGAGAGGGUGCCGCCGUCGCCGCCCUAUUAACCGCGCCCGCCACUUCUACCGCCGCCUGCCCGCGCCACCUGCGGCGGCGGGUCCUUGAUCAGCGCGCCCCUCCCUCUUCCGUGUCAGCUGAACUAACGCAUCAAUGGAUCCAACGCAAAAGUCAAAUGCUUUGUGCCCGAAGCGCAAGCCUGUCGAUGAUUGCUUGCAGAAAAAAUCUAAGUCUGGUCGUGUUGAAAAGGAGAAUGCAUCUUCUAAGCCUGCUCACAGUUGCCACAGUCAACCUAAUCUGGCUAAUGAUUGCGUUAAUUACCUGAAAAGUGGAGUGCCAAGUCGUGUUGUGUUCUACAGACAAGGUUCUUGGUGUGAUUUUCCUGACAAAGUAGUGAAAUCUAUUGUUGAUGCAUUCAAAGAAGACAAAUCUAGUGUCGUUGUUGUCAUGGAUGACCAGCCUCUUCUGGUUGAUUUCUUAUCGAUGACCUUGGUGAACCUAAAUACAAGAAAACAACGAUCUGUCGCAUGGCUUGAUGGCACUAACAAGUGGUCUUUUCCGUCUUCAUUCUUUGAUGAGGAAGUUGAUGAAUCCACAAGACUGGGCAUGGGUGUUGGUAAAGGUGGUGCACAAGGUGUUCUGGGCGGUAAUGUCAUGAAGCCUCCAUCUGAUGUUGCAAAACAAGUUAUGCUUGAAGCCAGCCCUCCAGUUUUACAGAAUUCUUCUGCUCUGAAUGUAUUGCGUAAGAAGAUUGUACAUGUUGAAAGAGGUAGCGAAAGCUUUAUGUUUGUUCAGAAUCUUUUCCUCUCUGGUAUGGGUUCAUUUGCAGUGCCUAACAACAUUCUUCAUAUUCAUCGGUACUCCCCAAAGGAUAUCACUGCACAAUGUAGACAUGAAGCUUUUGAAAGACAGAUGAGGCUGACAGGACAGAAAUCUGGCACUGGAAUUGCUAGAUAUGGAUGGCUUGGAUCUGGAAAGCAAGACAUCGUCAGUGUUAUAACUAAUGGUCUUCUUGGCACUGAAAAGAUCACUCAUGAGACUGAAAUUGGCGCUGGCAUUUAUCUGUCACCCGAAAACCGUGCCUUCACCAGUGUGGGCUUUUGUGAUGUUGACGAAAAAGGGGUACAGUAUAUGCUGCUGUGCCGAGCCAUAUUGGGCAACACAGGAGUUAUCAAACCAGGUUCACAGGAGGAGUUUCUACGCAUUUAUGAUUCGGGCGUUGAUAAUUGCUCAAACCCAAACUAUUAUGUAAUGUGGCCAUCACAUCUAGGCACUCAUAUUUCUUUGGAAUAUCUUAUAAGUUUCAGGCUUGCUCCAAAAGUUCAAGAGUAUUUUCUUAGCUUGAAGGGUUUGUGGUUGCGUCCACCUCCAAAAGAAGUGAAAGUCGAUCUUUCUAUUCUUCAACCUGUACUGUGCCGAACAAAUGAAGGGCCAACCUCUCCAUGGAUCUCAUUCAGAGUUCUCUUUGAAGCAAUUCAAGACAGUAUAUCGUUUUUAGCAAGGGAAUUGCUCUACCGCCACUAUGAGGAGUUGAAGGAAAAUAAGAUUACUCGUGAUGAAAUGGUCAAGAGAAUGAUGAUAAUAGUUGGAGAGGAAUUACUUCUGGAUACCUUGACGAAACUUAAGUACAGCCCAUCACUAUGGUACAACUCUUCUGAAAAAAUGGUCAGUUCUCCUGCAAGUAGAACACCGGAAUCUGUCUCCAUUUGGACAAGAAAUAUGGAUGUUGAGUCUGCAACUCCUAGUCAUGAUGGUCCAGUAAAUUCCACAUUUGGUGGUUCUCAUGUGACAAAUGCAGCUCUCAAAGGACAGCAUUCCCCCACCCUAAGUAUUUAUUCUGAAAGCUCUUCACCCCAAUGUACUAACAGCCAAGAUCCUCUUGCACCAGUAGAGGCACCUCUAGGUCGUGAUGCCCUAGUAAGGAGUGUGUUGCGCGGUGUUAAUGUCUGGGAUGCUGCUGGACCAAGAAUGCAAUAUAAUGGUCAUGAUCUCCUCUCAGAAAAUUCUUCUAGAGGCCAUGACUCUGACGUAUCAAGACCAACACAUGGAAACUCCUCAUCUCUCAGUAUGGAAGGCCUACAUUCUGUUGCGCCAAGUAUGACAACUGAAGCCCAGGGAUCCAUUGUGCCCAGUAGGGAACACAGAUACUCAUCAUCGACAGAUGCUCAGGGCAUUGUUACUGCAACUCCAGGCGUAGUGUGUCAAGCCCCUCAGUUAUCUGCAGCAAAAGGUAUGGAGCCUGAACUCAGUGCACCAAGAAGUAUGGCACCUUAUCUCUCUCCGCCAAGAAGUAUGGCGCAUCACCUCCGUGGUAAGGCAUUUCGUGAGCUCGGUCCACCAAGAAGUAUGGCACCACACCUCUCUGCGCCAAGAAGUAUGGCGCCUCACCUCCGUGGCAAGAUGCCCGAAGUUCCUGCAAAAAUCACCAUGCCUGAAGCCUGCCAUUCCAGUGCAGAAAACGUGGUCUCUGUUAUCUUUGAACCUCUGUCAUCAAGUCCUUUACCAAAAGAGAAGAGUGUUGUUACGUCACGCAAUGAGUGCCUAACGCCAAGUUCAGCUCGGCAAGGCCCUGAUUGUCCUUCAAAUUUGGCAACUACACCGCGGAACACUCCCAGCCAGAAGAAUGUGGCUCCAAAGCAUCCAGCAGCACAAUGUGGAGAAAACAAGAACUUCCCCAGAACAGGUGUUGAUGAGAGUAGCACCAUCGCGUAUGCAGCAGGUACACUCGUCACACUGUCGGCUGACGGCGAGAAAGGCCCAUAGAAGAACAAAAUCCCACCGUUUCAGUGAUGGUGUUCGUUCUGAAACUCAUACCCAUAUGUGUAUUGUGAUACUACCCGUUGUCAUGUGGAUAUGCACAUGAACAACUGCUGUUAGCCCAUUAACCUGGCAGGUCUCCCGUCAUGCACGACCCAGUAACUCGUCCGCUUCUGCUUACGCGGUGCGAAUUUUUCCUUGUUGAGUCCAACGGUUAAUCUGCGGUGGUCAACUAGUGUUGCUUACAUGUCUUUCUAGCUGGGGUAGGCCGUGCCUGUAUAGUUGAUUUUCCUGUAGAUGUCAAACUUCAGUAGUCCAGAGGUGUUCUUCUAACGCGUGCAUGAAACAUCAGCAAGUUACUGAAUGUUGGGAGCUCGAGCUUCGGUUCAGCUGGCUGAUGAGGUCCGGCUGCAGCAUUUUGGUAUUAUCAUAUGAUGUGAUGUACUGUAGUUUUCCCUUAUUUCGCGGGAGGCAUUGUGUGAUGUGA